AUGAACAGGGGAAAGAGAAGCAGCUCCCAGGGGCCUUCCUCUGACGUCUUAGGAAGAUUCUGUUUUCCCGUCUGGAAGGAAAGCACGCAGCCAUCGUCGGGCAAGGAGCAGCUCCCUCCAGCUGGAUCGUGCAAGCCAUACUCGAGGGAUGUGGUGAGGAUUUGCAGUGACGCGGAUCUCUCCGCUGUGGACCUGUGUCCCGCUGGGAGGGGAAGUGAGGACACAGCACCAAGGAGAGAACCUGGCUCAUGUCCCAAGUCAGUGUGGCCCAGGGGCUUCUUCACUCUGCUGAAACUCUCCACAGAGACAGGGUUGCUGGAGCAAUCCCAGAGGGAAAACCCUCCCAGUGCCACCUGGCCGCUUUUCUGUCUCCCAGGAAGUUUUGCAGUAACCUGUGACACAGCUGGGAAUGUGGCUCAGACAUGGGGAGGUGACACAUCUGACUAUGUGCUGUCUGCUCCCGUCCCCCCUGCUGACCCCAGCCUCGACAGACUCACAUCCAGCCAUACACACAUCCAGCCACUCACAUCAGCAGUGAGUCAGAAACAAAGAAGAAAAACCCUCGUGGGCUGCGAUUCGCCCUUUAUUGUGAACUCCAGACGUCAUACGCGCACGGCUAUAGAUGGAGCUCGGGAGCCCAGGCCAGCCCAGUGCAAGCCCACGAGAGCUCAGUGAUGGUGGUGGUGGUGCCGGUUGGUGGGGGGGGAUGCUGUGUCUGUAUGGCUAAGGAUGUAUUACAGAGGCGGGCUGGUCUUAAUGUAACUAGAGAGCUUCUGUAAUCUACAAAGGGUGAAGACAGAGAGGGAGUAAGAGGAGGUACCCUGUGUAUUUCCCAGGCACGCUCUCCCCAAGAGGAGGCCCUCUCUGAUAUCCCCCCCAAUCUCCCUCCAGCGCAGCACACCAAGGAAUGA